AGUCUACCCGAACAUUUUUCCCGCAAAACUAAGCGGGACAUUUUUACAUCGGCUGUUUUGGACUUCACUGCAGCAAAUAUGCCGAAGCGAGCAUAUCCUUUUACGGAAACCUUCUCGUCCCAGUACAAAGUACACGUCAGGCAGCAUGAGUUGAGUCAUUCCAGCGUGUUGGGGAAUAAAUACAGGAAAGAAAUAUACGAAAAGACAAAGAACUUACUUUUUAAUGGCGCCAAGGCUGUAGUGGACAAAGUGUGGUCCGGCGAAGAGAGGACCAGCGACCCCCGUGCAUCUGGACGAGAGACUGUUCAAAGCAGCCAGACUCUCUUAAGAGGACAGACUUUGAUAGGAACUGACGGAAGACUGACCAAAGCAAUCAGGACACAAGGGCUGCCUCCAUCAGGCUGCUGCGUAUGUCAGAAGAGCGCACCAUGCAGCACAGCUUGUUCGCAAUGCGAACGACUUCCCUGUUCCUCCUGCAGCCGAAAGUGUUCAAACUGCGCAAGCCUCUGCUGUUCUGUCUGCACCGUCAUCGAUUACAGUGGGCGUUAUGAUGAAGUGCUGUGCUGCAGUUGUUCCACGUAAUCGAAGUCUAGCACACGAGUUUAUACUUGAAUACGCAGUAUCCUCACUUAAUGUAAGACUCAGGCUGCAUUUUUUUUUAAAUGAUAAUUGUCUUUUUUUUUUCUUAUGAUCGAAAUGUGUGUGUGUGUGUGUAGAUAUAUAUUAAA